AUGUCGUCGGAGGAUCUCACACAUAAAUAUACCAUCGACCGUCCCUACUUCCAUCAACUCAACGCUCAGUCGCUAUAUUACCGGGACAAAGUCUUAUGCCUCUUACCACGACAUCUAGAACGUCUUUUGAAAGCUCCCGUAUCGUUUGAUGGUGCGAAUCAGGCACGGUUCGCUCUGGCAACCGUCCUCGUUCUCUACAACCUCGAACUAUUCGCGGCCAAGGCGACCCAACGGCGACUACACAUCCAGGGGGCUCGCGCAAUCAUCCAAUGGAAGCUUCAGGCGAUUGGACGUCACCUACCUCCCGACGUCGCCGACAAUUUUCUCCGUUACGAAUACUACUUCACCGCCGUCUUCAACGGCUUGACCACGUUUGAUGCAACCUACGAUGUCAUUGACGAUAUCCCAAUCCACGACAAGAUCGCCGUCUUUGGGGACUUUGUCCGGAUCAUGCACUCCGUCACCCGAGCCGAGCGACUUCAGUUUAGUGGGAGUUCGGAUACCGAAACGACACGGGUGGAAGAUGUCGUGGACGAAAUUGAAACCGCAAGGGGUCGAGCACUCCAGCUCAAUCAGAUCAUGCGGUUUCAGUAUCCCGACGCACGGCACGAUUUCGAACACCUGACCCAUAUCUAUUACCAUGCGAGCUUGAUCUACAGUCACCGUGUGCUCUCGGACUUCGCGUCGUUCAACGACCUCAUGCGGGCCUCUCGAGACGCGAUUCUCGAACACUUAUCGCACCUCAUGGAGCGGGCAUAUUUCGCUCACGACCUCGUUUGGCCCCUGUUCAUAUGCGGGACAGAAUGCCGAGGUUUCCCGGAGAAGCAGGAUACCAUCGAACGGGCCCUUUUGGGGGUGAUUCGUCUGAGCGGGAGUCUGGAACGGCGGCGAGUGUUAUCCUUUUUAAGGAUGUUUUGGCAGCUGGACUGCGACGAUGGGCCGGUGAGUUGGAUUGCGGUGGCGAGGAGUCGGGCGGCCGACUGUAGUUUCGUGAUAAUCUGA